UUUGUCUUGCUAGCUGUGCUCUGCAGUGGAGUGAGCAGCAGCAUUGUGCUGCAGAAGAUGUAUGGGAGGAUCACAUCCCCCAACUUCCCAAAUGUCUACCCAAAUCACAAGGAGAGAGUCUGGAAUAUUACUGUCCCCAAAGGAUAUUCUGUCCGUAUCUACUUCACCCAUUUCAACCUGGAGCUGUCCUACCUGUGUGAAUAUGAUUAUGUGAAGCUGAGCUCUGGUGGGAGGACCUUGGCUAGGCUGUGUGGAAAGGAUAGUACAGACACUGAGGAGGCUCCGGGCAACAAGACAUACGUCUCUGCUGACAACAACCUCAUGGUCCUGUUCCGGUCUGAUUACUCCAAUGAGAAACCGUUCACAGGCUUUGAGGCCUUUUAUGCUGCCGAAGAUACUGAUGAGUGCAAGCAGCUGUUUGAUGGGGAGCCCCUCUGCAAUCAUCACUGUCACAACUAUGUGGGGGGCUACUACUGCAGCUGUCGGAUUGGCUACACACUGCAUGAAAACCAGAGGAUGUGCAUGGGUAAAUGCUUGUAUCCCAAUGCAUCCUGCAGCCGCUGGUUGCUGUGUCCCAGUCCUGAAGCACCACCCCAUGGUCACAUCGCAGCAGUGCAAGCGCGGUACCUUCUGGGUGACCACUGCUCUCCUGGGGCAUCUGAGGGGCUUCUAACAGCUGCUCAUGGUGUAGCUGAUCAAAGAAAUUCCUCAGCUGUGAGGAACAAGUUGAGGAUUUUGAUCAAGUCCUAAGCCCGGGCAGAAAAGUUUUUUGUUCAUGAAGGUUAUAAAAAUUAUCUUGUCAACUUUGACAGCAAUAUUGCAUUGGUUAGACUGGUGCAUCAAGUCAGUACCAACAUCACCCCCAUUUGUUUACCAGGAAAAAAAGAUCUAUUUCAAACAAAGCAAACUGGUGGGGUGGCUCUGGCAGUGUGGGGAACUGUCCCAGCAGCUGUUACAGAGCUGGAGAUGUACAAGAUUGCCACCACUCUUCUCAGUGAAACACAAUUUGUUUUCUUUUAG